AUGGUCCCCGAGGCGGAUAUUUGGUGGGGUCUGUGCGAGCCGCGACCUCAAGAAUAUGGCUUCCAGGGUGCCAAAGAGCUUUGUGACCUGCUUAAAUCCUUAGAUCUCGAACUGCAGGCAGUGAUGUCCUUUCACCAGUGUGGUGGCAACGUUGGAGAUACCGUGAACUUCCCCUUGCCGGCAUGGUGUUUGGAAGUGGCCAAGAGCAAAGGCCUUCUGUACAAAAGCAAAGACGGGGUUGUCACCGAGGACUGCCUGUCUCUAUCGGCUGACCACCAGAAGAUCUUUCCUUCAGCAUCAAGUUCCACACGCACCGCCCUGCAGUGCUAUCAGGACUACAUGACUGCGUUCCUGAAGGCUAUGGGCCAACACAUUGGUAGCACCGUUUGCGAAUUGCAGGUCGGGAUGGGCCCAUGCGGCGAGCUGCGGUAUCCAUCCUACAUGAUGUCCAAUGGUUGGAACUGGCCGGGAGUUGGCCUCAUCAUGUGCUAUGAUGACGGCAUGCUGAAGAUGUUGAAGGAUGAGGUGGAUAUCCAGCCACCCGAGGGUUUCCCAGAAGAUCAGAAUGCCAUGCCCGAGGACGUGGCCAUGUUCCGUGCGGGACCGAAGAUGGGCUUCCGAAGUGGCAACGGAAAGGCCUUCUUGGAGUGGUACUCCUCGGUGUUGAUCCACCACGGGAAAGAGGUGCUGGCUGAAGCCGCCAAGGCAGUAGAGAAGACUGGGCAGGCCUAUCCCGCGGAGAAGUUCUGUUUCUCUGCGAAGGUCUCCGGGCUCCAUUGGCACGUCACGCAUCCUUCGCGGGCGACCGAGGCAUGUGCUGGCUACAACUGCUGCACCAGUGAGACAGCGGAUGCCUACAUGGAGAUCGCCAAGAUGUUGGCGGAAUCUUCCACUGCGGCAAAGAGGCCGGUCUUGUUCAACUUCACCUGCAUGGAGAUGACCAACGACGGAUGUAGUGGCGUUCCCAAUGCAUUAUCCGCUCCAGAGGACCUCAUUGCCCAAGUGCGCAAGGCGGCCAUUUUUCAUCAGGUCCCUUUGGCAGGUGAGAACGCCCUGGAGUUCGACCUGGCCACUGGCGAGGCGGCCUUCCGGCAGAUCGGCAAGCAGAUCCGAAGCUUUUCGCCAGGUUUGGACAUGAUGCAUGGCCUGACUUUGUUGCGGCUUUCGGAUAACUUCGUGAAGCCUGCAAGUUUGCAGCAAUUGGCCCGCUUCGUAACGGCACACUGAGCUCAAACUAUCCUAUACUCACCCCAGAUUUUUUCAAUCGAUUCAAAGACGAUGUGGCGUGGACGACGCGUUUCUUUGGGCAAUGGUCCACAAGAAGUCGAGGCAGCGGAGAAGUACCCAGCAUUGUUACGUGCAACCUUCUGGAUUCAAGGAAACAUGCUGGUUCCUCCAACCAGAGCCAGAGGGACCUCAU